AUGCUGGAAAAGUUGUAUGGGUCAAGGACAUCUAACAUUUACAAUAUUUCAAACAGCAAUUCUAGUAAAUGCAGUAAUGUGAUCAACAAAAAUAUAUCCUUUGACAGGAAACUGUGUUCUGAUGAUCAAACCCUUUUUCAAAAUACUGACAACAAUCACACCGUUUUUGAUAACUGCCAAUGCAACGCAGCUUAUAGCAUGUUAGGAAUAACAUUAUCAUAUCAUAACCGAAAAGUUUUUAAAGACGUCAAUCGUUUGCUGUUUUCUGCGUUUCCCCAACAGCAACCACAACAUACACCACUAGUUAAUGCUAAAGAGCAAUAUAAUAAUAAAAAAUGUCGUCACGUUCUUCACCUGUUGGCUGCUUUAUUAAAUUUUGCAAGUGUUGACGAAAUGGAUGAUGAUAGCUAUUUCAAUAAUAUUACUAACCACAACAAUUAUUACGACACCAAAUCCAGCUGCGUUAUGAGCAAAAAUAAAUCAUUAAAACUUGACCAUAUCUGUGACACAAAUACUACUGAAAAAAACGAUUAUUUAAAAAAAAAAAAUAGCAACAACUACCAUAUCACUAAAAAUAGUCGUAACUAUUUUAAUGAUAAUGGUCAUAGUACAAGCCUCACCUUGGCUGAAGUUGAACUAAAUACAAGCAGAUAUAAUUAUUACACAGCUGGUAUUACUUCAGCUACUUCAGAUACUGGUACCGCUAGGGAUGAUGAUGAUGAUAAUAAUUGUUAUUUUAACGCUUUUAACGGCAUGACUUUGGAACAUGAAAAUAGUCAUAACAAUUAUGAUUUUUAUGAGUACCCUCAAAGCAAAAACACAAAUGAAAACAUAAACCGCGACAAAAUUGGCAUUAGUGAUGAAGAUGAUAAAGAUAGUGAUUGCUUUGUCAAAAAACAAUUCAAUUUCGAUGACUUCAGCGAUAUGGAUGGAAUUAGUAACGAUAAUAAUGUUGAUAAAAAUUUUAUAGUUUUUGAAAAUAAACAAACCCCUUCAGCUACAAAUGUAAUUGAUAAGGGUGAUGACAAUUUCGAAUGUUUGUGUGAUAACAUUUAUGACAUCGAGAUGUUGAAAUUGAACAACUCUAACAAAUUUAUGAUGUACCUCACUGAAAAAUGGUACGUGUUUUUGCAUUUGCAUCACAAAUUAUUUAAAAGACUUGUGGAUAUUUUAAAACUUUCGGUUAACGAUUAUUCGCAAGAUGAUUGUAAGAUUGAUUAUGAUUCUAAUAGAAAUGAAAAGGCAAAUGAUGAACAAAUGAGAUUGAGAAGUAGAAAUUUUACGAAAGCGGCCACUGUUACUGAUACAACUGCUUUAAUUGAUAAUACAAUUACUACAUUUGCCACUGCAAACAUACCAAGUGACACAAACCAGAUAAAUGGCAACAUGAACUUCUACAAUUUUGCCCUGGAUAUAUGCCAACAAUACAUCCAUAAUGGCACUACGUGUGAAGAUUUAAUUAAGGCUGCUAUGGAUUCUUUCAAUAAUCGUGACAAUGAUCAAAACAUCAAAUUAAACAAAGCAUUUCCAUUGAUAGUAACAUUAGAUAAGUUGAUUGAUGUUGUUGUUAAAGAGGUUAGGAUUCAAUCGCUUGUUUUGGAUGAGUUGAGCUGCAAGUCCAUCAAUUUGUUUAAGAAAUGCAUCAUCCAUUCUUCAUCACCAUUUUCAUCAACAUUUUCUUUAUCUUCCUGUUUGAAAAGAAAUGACUCAUUUUUUGAUCACCAGUUUGAGAAAGCAUGA